GUCUUUCCGAGUCGAGCUGCAGUGGCUGGUAAACAGUCGACCACCGAUGUUCGGGGAGGUCUGCUUCCGCAGCAAUGUACAAACAAGCCGACAUACUGAUUGUGUGAUGGCUGUGUCCGUCAGGACGACAUCUUCGAGGCUGUGGACAAAGGCGAUUUGCUAGGCGUCACGCAGCUCCUCGACAAGCACGGCAAGGAGAUGUUGGACACACGAGACGAAGAUUCACUCGGCAAGGUAGGCAAAUGUGAAGACAGACAUGCCUUCCCUUUCAAUGUUCAUUCCUGUGUGUGAAGUACACGCCCUUCAUCACGGCUGCAUUGAAAGGGCACGUUGAGAUCAUGGAGGUCAUGUAUGACAGCUACGGCCCGUCGAUACUGCAGCAAAAGACCGACGUACCACCACAUCCAGAAAUAUAUGCAUCUGGUGAUGGGAUGUUCUGUGCGGUUGUGGACUGCAGACCGGUGCCACUGCCCUGCACGCGGCUGCAUGGGGAAAGAAUCUUGCAGCUGUCAAUCAGCUGCUGGCGUGGGAUCCCAAGCUGAUCGACGGACGCAGCAACGCAAGAAAAUACACAUUUCUCCAAUGGGCUGUCGUGUGUCGAUUGUUUGUUUGUCAAUGCAGACCAAGCGGACAGCCUUCCACGAGGCUGCCGACCGCAAUGCUGUUGAUGUGAUGAAGGUCAUCCACGCCAUCAAAGGCAACAAAGUGAAGGAGCUCCUCGCAGAGACGGACAACGUGAGACGCAUACACAGGGAGGGAAGGACACACACAUAGUGUCUCUCUCGUGUGACGUGUCAGGGCGGAAACACGGCACUGCAUAUGGCUGUCACCUAUCGCGAUAAUCUGGCUGCUGCGGCUCAGCUGUGCGAGUGGAGCGGUGGUCAGCUGCUGGACAUCAAAAACAACGAGGUAAGUCCACACAAGUCUGUGUCAUCGGUGAUCGUGACCGAUGGCAACAGGGUGUGACGCCGUGGGAUAUGGCGGCAGAGAAGCCCAAAAUGAGAAAGGCCAUCGAGAAAUACAAACAGUAAACCGAUCGUCAGCGCUGUGGGUGCGGGUUGCGUGGCGUGGGGCGUCUAGUCUGUGUGUCGGUGUCAGAUCGGGAAGCUCGCCUGGGUUUCAGGGGGCUGGCGUCUCCUCAAGUUCGGAGCAACCUGAAGACUUGCAGUCUUGUCCAGCAAGGGUGCUGGAGGACUGGAGCGCCAGCACUGUGUAACAAAACGACAUAAUGAUUGUGUCGUGGCUGUGUCCGCAGGACGACAUCUUCGAGCCCGUCACUAAGGGCAGCGUCCCUGCUGUUAUUCAGCUCAUCGACAAGCACGGCAAGAAGAUAUUGGAGACACGACACGAAGAUACAGGCGCCAAGGUAUGCAACCGUGAAGAUGACAGAAGUACAAGUCUUCCCUUUCUGUCUUCUCCCAUUCCUCGCAUUCCGUGUCAGGCCACGCCGUUCAUUGUGGCCGCACGGUGGGGGUACGUUGCCAUCAUGAAUAUCAUGUACAUUCGUUACGGCCCGUCGAUACUGCAGCAGCGAGACAACGUACUGACACAGCCGAAUAUCCGUUUAUCCAUGCUUGAUCCAUGCUGCUCGUGGACUACAGACCAAUGCCAGUGCCCUGCACUGGGCUGCAUUCUACAUGCAUCUCGAGGUCGUCAAUCAGCUGCUGGUGUGGGAUCCCAAGCUGAUCGACGCACGCAACGAUGUACGAGAACACAUGUCACCGAUGGCCUGCCGUGAGUCGACUCUAUGCAUGUCGAAUCCAGACAAAGCAGACGGCCUUCCACAAGGCUACCGAGUCUGAUGCUGUUGACGUGAUGAAGGCCAUGCACGCCAUCAAAGGCAAUGCCCUCCUCACAGAAACGGACAAUGUGAGACGCAAAGAAAAGGGGAGGACACAGAAUGUCUCUCAUAUGUAUGUGUAAACACACAAGAAUGAAGACACGGCUCUGCAUCGGGCUAUCGACUGCGGGAAAUCAGCUGCUGCGGCUCAGCUGUGCGAGUGGGGCGGUCCUCAGCUGCUGCACAUCAGAAAUAACAAAGUAAGUCCGCUCAAGUGCGUUCAUCAUCGAUUGUUUUGCGUAAUGUGACCAUCUCAUGACAACAGGGUGUGACGCCGUGGGAUAUGUCGGCUGAGAUGCCCACAAUGCGAAAGGCCAUCGAGAAAUACAUGUACACACAGUAAAGGAAUUGUCAAAGCAGGAGCGCCAGCGCUUUACAAACAGCCGACAUGAUAAUUGUGUGAUCGCUGUUUCCGCAGGGCGAUGUCGAUCUUCGAGGCUGUGGACAAAGGCGAUCUGCUGGGUGUCACGCAGAUCCUCGACAAGCACGGCAAGGAGAUGUUGGACACACGAGACGAAGAGCUCGGAGUAUGUCACCGUGAAAACGUGAAAUGCCUUCUCCUUCAAUGUUCUCCCUUUCCUACUUGCGUCAGGCCACGCCGUUCAUUGAGGCUGCGGCGAAAGGGCACGUUGCCAUCAUGAAGGUCAUGUACGAUCGCUACGGUUCGUCCAUACUGCAGCAACGAGACAACGUACCGACACAGCCAAAUAUCCAUCCGUCGAUGCUGCUGUGGUGAUGAGAUGUCUUGUGCUGUCGCGGACUGCAGAAUGGUAGGACUGCGCUGCACUGGGCUGCAUGGGGAAAGAAGCUUGCAGCUGUCAAUCAGCUGCUGGCGUGGGAUCCCAAGCUGAUCGACGCACGAAGCAAUGUAAGCGAGCACAUGUCUCCGAUGGGCUCUCGUGUGUCGAUUGUAUGCAUGUCGAAUUCGGAGCAAGCAGACAGUCUUCUACACGGCUGUCCAAAGGGAGGCGGUUGACGUGAUGAAGGCUGUGCGCGCCAUCAAAGGCAACAAACAAAAGGAGCUCCUUACAGAGACGGGCUAUGUGAGACACACAUACGGGUGGACUACGUACAUGUACAAAAUGUCUCCUUGUAUGUGUGAUGCGUCAGGACGGAAAGACGGCGCUGCAUGUGGCUGCUUCCUGGGGUAGACCGGAUGCUGCGGUUCAGCUGCUGGAGUGGGGCGGUUCUCAGGGUUCUCAGUUGCUGGACACCAAGAACGACGAGGUAAGUCCACCCUUCACCAUGUCCUCUCUUCACCAUCGAUGAUCGUGACGUAUGACAACAGGGUGUGACGCCGUGGGAUAUGACGGCCGAGAAGCCCAAAAUGAGAAAGGCCAUCGAGAAAUACAAACAGUAGAGGAAUCGUCAGCGUUGUGGGUGCGGGGUGCGUGGCGUGGGGCGUCUAGUCUGUGUGUCGGUAUGGAGAUAGGACAGUGGUAUACACCAAGGGAUAGGCUGUGUGACGUGACUGUGUGUCUGCGGACUGGUCACCUUGGUUGCUUGCAUGGGCGUCUCUCGAAGACAGAGACUCGGCAGCAGAGGUCUCUGUGCUUUGGGGAAGACAGAUGCUCUGCACUGGUUUGUUGGACGAAGGAAAAAACCACAGAGGUACCUGAUUCAAUUUGUCGUUC